AUGUCUAAUGCUCCCCUAUUACAAAGAACUCCAGGUAAAAAAAUUGCACUUCCAACAAGAGUUGAACCGAAAGUAUUUUUCGCCAAUGAAAGAACUUUCUUAUCAUGGUUAAAUUUCACAGUGAUGCUAGGUGGUCUAGGUGUUGGUCUAUUAAACUUUGGUGAUAAAGUUGGUAGAAUCAGUGCAGGUUUAUUUACUUUGGUUGCCAUGGGUACAAUGAUAUAUGCUCUGGUCACAUAUCAUUGGAGAGCUGCUGCCAUUAGACGUAGAGGUUCUGGCCCAUAUGAUGAUAGAUUAGGUCCUACUUUAUUGUGUUUCUUCUUAUUGGUCGCUGUCAUUAUUAAUUUCAUUCUAAGAUUGAAGUAUGGUGAAAACGCAUCUGUUUCUGAUUUGUGA